CUUGGAGCGUUCAAUUUGUCGGGCGACGGCUAGUAUCUCGGCAGUAUCUCAGCUCUCUUCCUGCGCAUCAGAUAACAUGCUAUGAUACAUUUGCCUUCUGGAACCUAACAAACAUUGGAACAGCAGCAUGUCGUGAUUUCUGGACAUAGAGGAAUAAAUUGUGCUUUCUGAUUUUUUAUUUUCUGAUAAAAUGACUAUCCACGGUUCUGCGAGGGGACACGGCCAGCCGCGCGGCACCAGUAUUUCUUCAUAUUCCAGCACAGGUUCCGGUAUGGAACAGACGACACCUCUUCUCUUGGAGCCAACCGAUUUCAGUGGCGGAUCCCACUCUAGAUCCAGCAGUGUAAGAGAGCACAGAGGUACCCGAGGUCUGGAAUCUUCGAAGGGACUCCUGCCUCCCACGCCUGGUGUAAUCAGGGGUGGUUCUUUCAGAGAGCCCGGGGAAUUAAGGCAAAAAGUUGAGAAGUACAAGAAUCGUGUGAAUAGCCCCCAGCUUCGCGACUCUCAGCCUCCCGGAAGUUCCCCCGACCUCCUGUCCGUGUCAUAUGAGGACGUUUCCCGGGGGAAACCGGACGCAAAUCUGCGUAGGGUGCGUUCGUUUAAGACGACAUCAAAAGGCGUGGUCAACAGAGGAGACUCAUUUCGUAAAAAGGGGGCCCGAUGCGGCGGGCUUGGCAAAGAAAGCCCUCCCCGAGGCCUGACCCCCAAUGUCAGCCCCCAUUUGUCGGCCACCCCACGGUUAGCCCCUGCACCUGUAAUGGACGGAGACCAAAACUCCUCGUACUACAAAAUCGUGGCACUUGGAGCGCCGGGGGUCGGAAAAACCGCCAUUACCCAGCAGUUUAUGACAUCCGAGUAUAUAGCAUUUGAUUCUUCAAUGGAUCAAAGUGAGCAUGAGAAAACGAUAUCGGUCUUACUGAAUGGGGUGGAAUCUACCGUCGAGUUUCUUGAUGGCAUUGAUAUACAGGGCGAUCUAGAGGACAUUCGGGCGGACGCCUUUCUGGUGAUAUUUUCCAUUGCACACCGGGAUACCUUUGACACUGCCGUCCAACUGCUACAGGAGCUGCGUAUGGACCUAGGGACGGACCGGACCACGAUUCUAGUGGGAAACAAGUCGGAUCUGGUCAGAAAGCGUAAAGUCACCACAGAAGAAGCAUUGGAGGUAGCAAAUCAGUAUGAGGCUAAGUACACUGAAACUUCGGCCGCGCUGAAUCACAAUGUAGACGAACUAUUGGUUGGGACUAUAGACCACAUCCGGUACAAACUUAAUCCGUCCUUACCGGAACCGAUUCUGAAAUUAGACACCAGGAAGUCGCAUGCCAUGCGUGUUCCAUCAUUUAAAGGACCAAUUGACUUUUUCAGAAGGCUUUUUAGCAGAGGGAACAAGAAGUCACCGAAGCUGUUGAAACCGUAAAAGAGUGAAACGAUAAUCAAAAAUCAUUUAAGAUCACUUUCAAUGGCAUUUUAAUUUCUUUCUUUUUUUUUUGGUUAAAAGCAAUUUGAUCAUUUGCAAAAUGUUUUUCAUUAUUUUGUAUGUAUUUAUAAAUUAUACUCUGUGAUAUUUAUAUAUCGCCACAAAUCAAUAAUUAUUACAUGUAUGUACUGUUCAAUAAUAAUGAAAAUUUCUUCAGCCUUAUUCGAGAAUAAGUAUAGUAUUGUUCUUGAUCUGACAUGUUACGAUUUAAAUGUGUUUAUUUUUUAUUACACUGAUUCAAAAUCAAUUGUUUAUGUCUUUUCUUCUACUCUGUUUCCAACAAUCAAGUAUUACUAUUAUUAAAUCAAUAACCCCCGAGUUCCUAAAUUUGUGUAGAUAAAUGACUCGAAUAGAAAACUCAAAAUAGAUCCGGAAUGUAUGGCGCAGAUUGUCUACAUUUUUUUCAUUUGCACUAGAAAUUCAGUUUAUGUACAAAAGUUUUCUUAGUUUUUACAUUCUAAAUCAUUGCCCCCUGUUUACAGUAACUGCACUUGAAGUUUAAAAAAAUUGUUUACCAAAACAAAGCACGUUCAUAGGAGAGCAGGGGGUUCUUGACCUUUGCUAUCAUUGAUUGUAGACACAUUUUGUGGGAGUACCUCUAAUCAAAAGCAAUUUCUUGGCUAAUGUGUUAAUUUAGUUUCUCAUGAAAUGGUCCUGAAAAAUAAACAUAUUACGAUGUUUUCCUUCUUCUAGCUUGUAUAAUUAACCUUUAUAUUUCAUUAUCAAUUGAAAUGAGUGAAAAAUAAUCUACAGGCGGAAGCAAUGAAAGGGGGCAAAGAUCAGGAUGUUUUGAAAUGUAUGGAGAAUUACCCCGUACCUGAUGACUUCUUAAUUAAAUCAUUCCACUCCUGGCAUGUGCCUGAUAAGUAGGGUUAGAAUGACCGAAGCAAAAUUCAUUGAAUAUAUAUAUUUAUCUAACAAAGAAAUUUUAUCAGUUUUGUAGAAUACUUACUAUUUGCUUAUCAAAGAAAAGGUAUCAGCCGAAGCUCAUCCUCGUUAGAUUAUGGGGAAUGGUUUUGUAAAUAUACGUACGUUUUGAUGACUGUGUGAUGGGGAUUAUAUCUUUGAAGCGAUAGAGUUUAUCGCCUAUGUAAAACAAUUGUACUGUUGUGAAUCUGUAUUUUAGUUUGUUAACAUGAUCCUCGUUCAUAAAUUUCAUAUGGUGCUCUGUACAUCUUGUGAAUCCAAAGUUAUUCCGUUUGUUAUAAUUUUAUACGUAUAAUGUGUAUAUUUCAUACAGAUAUAUUCUUUAUGUAUAUAUUUAAACAUUCGAUGUUUUACUAUACGCCAUGUUUCAUUUUUCUGUCAAUAAAAUAGCAACUUGAAGAA